AACGAUGAAACCUUGGGCUCUAUGCUGAUUGAAAAACGGAAGGCUUUCGUCGAACCCUUUCUGCCUUUUAUACUCUACGAAAUUCUGUGCUAUCCCGAUCCCGACACUCACCGUCACGUAGCCGCACUACAGCAUAUUGCGUCCCAUUUUUUCAACAAUUCGGUGCGAGCCGGAAACAUCAUAUCCGCUUAUGCUGGAAAGUUGACGGUUUUGGUGCUGCACAAACAAAGACAGCAAGCCCUGGACACGCAUA